AUGUGUCUAGGAAAUCUCUUCGCUGAUGAUCAUGAUGAUCAUGACCACCACCACAACAAUUCUGAGGAAGGAGAUGAUCUUCCCAUUCGUAAACUCCACUACCGACAUGUGUUGAAAUGUCCCAUUUAUUAUCCCAUCUUUCAGAAAAGCAAAUCCACAAAGAAGAGAUCAGGACUGGAUGAUGUAGCAGCUGAGGAACCCAUUGGUCUCGAUCAAGAUAGCCAACCGAGAGCUGUAUUUGCCCAUACCACACAAUUUAUUCCCGAACUGAGUCUAAUCUAUUCAUGGGGGGGAAGAAACAAUCCGUCUGUUGCUUUCCAACGUUAUGAUACCAAACAAAAGAAGUGGAUCAAAAGUGAAGGAGGAGAAUCGGAUUCGAGUGGAAAGUUACCUCAAGAAUCUCUCCAUUAUCAUUCAUUGAAUUAUGUUUCAUGUAAUCACUCAUUGUAUAUCAUUGGAGGAAUUACUGAUUCAUCAUCUACAGAAAGUUCUGUUGAUAUGUAUCGAUAUUCUCUUAAAGAUAAGAAAUGGAGCACUUUUUCAUUUCCAACAAAUGGUAAAGCACCAGAAACAGGACUGUAUGGACAUGUAUGUGUUUAUAGAACUGUGGAUCAUUCGCUUGUAAUUUUUGGAGGAUUUACUCGUUAUUGGAAGAGUGAUGAUUUGUUUGUCUUUGAUUGUGUAUCAGGCAAGUGGAAAAAUGUAAUUAAGCCAAGAAAUAUUUUCCCUUCACGAUCUUUUUCAACUGCCGUCUAUAACGAAACCAAUGACACCAUGAUUGUCUAUGCCGGCGAGAUUAAUUCUGAUGUUCCUAAAUUGACUUGUGAAUUGGGAAUAUUUCAUUUCAAAACACAAACAUGGGAAGUAGUUGAAUUUGAGCACUGGAAUUAUGGUGCAAAUCCUGAGCCAAUUUAUGGUCACACUUUGUGCUUAUUGAAUGAUCGCUUUUUACUCUCACAUGGAGGUUGUGCCCAGAAUGAUCGAAUUCCAAGAAGUGAUUGCUUUGUUUUCGAUCUUUGCAGAUGUGAAUGGUCGAUUUGUCCCGAGUUGGGUGAACAAGCAGGUUGCCUACUCUGCUCUACCCUUUCCCAUGAACCAAAAAGUCACUCUCUGUAUUUUUAUGGAGGAAAUAGUAGUCAGGAUCAUCAGGGCUCCGUUUCUGACAUUGUGUAUGUGAGUUAUCGAUUUUCUGAGGGUGACUUUUUCUUUAUGGAAAAACUGCAUACAGCUUUGAAUCAAAAUCAAUUGAGUGAUAUCAAGGUUUAUGCGAUUGGAAAUAGUUUGGAUGAUUACUAA